UCACUGUCAUAAUUUCUGUCAUGUCAUUGUAUUUUUUGUGUAUUUGCUUCUGUGCUGUGUUUAACAAAUUCCUAUAGGACACGUGUACUCUGGAAUAUUUAUUUGAUAUUUCGCCAUUUAAUGUUUUUGUUGCAAGUUAUCUUAUAUUCCUUGAACCGGUGACUUAACAAUAGCUGUUGACGGAGUAGUCUUGCUCAAUCUAGUUCAGUGGUGUACGGCUAAAAUGUCUGAAUUUAAAGACUGGUACAAUAGUGUUCCCCUUUUUACUCGCUAUUGGUUAACAUGUACCAUAGCGCUAAGUUUAAUUGGGAGAUUUGGUAUAUUUAAUUAUUAUUAUUUCGUAUUGGACUAUUAUCCCUUCAUUCACCAGUUGCAGUUAUGGCGACCAAUCACAGCACUCUUCUAUUAUCCAAUCAGUCCAGCAACAGGCUUCCACUUCCUGAUAAACUGUUACUUCCUGUACAAUUAUUCACAACGUCUGGAGAUGGGCAUGUUCGCUGGAAAACCAGCCGAUUACUUCUACAUGCUGUUGUUUAAUUGGCUAUGCUGUGUACUCAUUGGUCUACUUGUUGGGCUUCCUAUAUUAAUGGACCCCAUGGUCUUAUCAGUGCUGUAUGUGUGGUGUCAGUUGAACAAGGAUGUUAUAGUUUCAUUCUGGUUUGGUACCAGAUUUAAGGCUAUGUACUUGCCGUGGGUCCUGCUGGUGUUCAAUCUAGUUAUUAGUGGAGGUGGGGCUAUGGAGUUAAUUGGUAUUCUGAUUGGCCAUUUAUCUUUCUUUCUGCUCUUCAAAUACCCACAAGAGUUUGGCGGCCCCUCACUUCUUUCACCACCAGCUUUCUUAAAACAAAUAUUCCCAGACACGAGGUAUGUAGGUGGUUUCGGUACUGCGCCUCAAAGCAGAGCCCCUACAAGACCAGCGACCGGUACAUUUGGUGGUCACAACUGGGGCCGAGGACAGACCCUUGGGGGGAACUGAAGAUAUAUGCUCUUGAAAACUUUGAUUGAUGACUUGAAAACGUGUGAAGGCGAAUAGACUUUUGGAGUGAUUUGAGAGUGUCAUUCGGUUUUUGUUCCAUUAAAACGAAUUUUGGUUAACAAAUUUCUAUUUUUAAAAGUGUGACCGUGUCAAAGGCUCUAAGAAAGUCAUUGUUUGGUAUUGGAUGUUUGUAAUCAAUUUAUUUAGUUCUUCAAUAGAUUAAUUAACAUAUUGUAAAUAUGCAACUUUAACACUAUCUAGGAGUAAAUAUUACUUCUAUAUAAAA